AUGUCGAUGCAGCGGAAGCUGGGAUACGCAGAUGCCGUGAAAGAUGCUUGGCCGAUAAUCCGCAACAUCAUGCCCGAGCAGCAUCGUAUCUUCCAUACCUCCAAGCUGCCCUUCAUCCCUAUCACAACCGUGGAUGGAGACGGGCGCCCGUGGGCAGCGAUUGUCGCGGGCUCAACAGGGGAGCCUGGCUUUGUCCAUAGCCCAGACUCGCAGAGUCUCUCAAUCCAUGCUCGUCUAUGGGAUGGAGACCCACUCCUUGACACAGUCAAGGCCUGGGUUGAUCCCAGCCCAGCCGUGUCCACAGUGUCCCAGCAAUCCUUGACUGCUGGUCUGGGAAUCGAGUUCUCCACUCGACGGCGCAACAAGUUCGCUGGGACUAUUCAUAGUGUGGAGCGCCUAUCUAAUCUGGACUACAAGCUACAUUUGAGAGUGAACCAAACAACAGGGGUUGAACAUCGACACCGGCAUUUGGGACCGCAGGACCGACUUCCAGAAGAAGUAGUGGCGUUUAUCGUCCAGGCUGAUACGGUCUUCGUCGGGUCCAUCUACAAACCACCGCCGUCGGAUCUGCACAUGUUUCCUCCGCACACUGGUAUGAAUGCUCGCAGCGGCUUACCGGGGUUUAUCCGAGUCAGUCCUUCCGAUGGCUGCACGAUCGUGGUGCCAGACUACUCAGGAAAUCGAUUUAUGUCCACUUUGGGCAACAUCGAGACUAGCGGGAUGGUGGGAUUGACGAUCGUGUCCUUUACGACGGGCGACAUUCUCUAUUUGACAGGUACCGCUAAAAACCUGGUAGGUCCACGUGCACUUGAGGUCAUGACCAGACAUGCCGCCCUCACAUCUGUGCAUGUUACCGGGUUCGUCUUGGUCCGAGAUGCUCUGCCAGUUCGACAGCAAGAUGGUACCCCCGUUGAACGCAGUCCAUAUAGUCCAAAGAUCAAAUACCUAGUGGAAGAGACAGGUGCACGGGGCAGGGAGAACAAAGAGCACAAGGCAAAGCUACGAGAGGCAGUACAAGUCUCUUCUGACCUUGCGGUGUUCAAGUUUCAAGUUAUUUCCAAACCUGGGGCUGGAGAGCUGAGAGUUCGCCCCGGUCAAGCAAUUGUGCUUGAUUUUAUGGACUGGAUAGGACCGCCGCAGUACCAACACAUGAAUAGCAAUGCGCCGAACUCAAUAAAUGAUGAUCGCGUCCGUACCUGGACGGUGUCUAGUGCCCAUGAAGAGCGCAAUGCGACAUUUUUCGAAUUAACCAUGCGAGAAAUGAAAGGAGGCGCGGUGACCGGUGCUCUUUUCGAUCAUCUGAGGAAAUACCGGUCCGCUCAGCUAGGUCAGGGUAUUGCUUUUGACACUCCCGUCAUCGCCGACAUCGUUGGCGUCACGGGUGACUUUUUCAUGGACCGCGACAAGCUCAAUACGCUGUGGGUCGCCGGUGGCAUCGGAAUCACGCCAUUCCUCGCUAUGCUGAGAGCACUGGCAGAGCGUGGAUCUGCGGCUGAUGGAGACGUCAUGCUGGUCCUCGCAACAAGAGAACCGAACAUCAUGCUCUAUAUGAUGCGGCCCUCUCUUGAGAGGAUAGCAUCAACUGUUCGGAUCACCAUUGCCAUAUUUACCCAUGAUUCAGAGUUCGAUCCCGGUCAUCUCCAGCCAAAUCAGAACAUUUGCGUUCAUAGGGGCCGAGUCGUCCCUGACUUGUGGAAGAAUAUCCCGCGCGGCAAAGAUGUAUUUAUCUGCGGGCCUAGUGCUUUCGGGGACUCGGUGGUUGACGGGCUGCGAGCUGUCGGUUUCUCCCCCAGUCAAAUUUAUCGAGAAGGCUUUUAUUGA